CUCUAAAUACAUUAAUACCUCCCAAUUAAAUCUCAAACUACACCACAAAAAAGAAAAAAGAAAUCAAACGCAAGCUAUCUCCAGCUUUUUGUAAUCUCUAGAUUACCUCUGCAAAUUGAAAUGGGUUGUAAUGAAUCCAAGCAUGAUGUCGUUACCGGUAACACGGUUAAAACUCCUCCUCCACCGGCACGUAAAAAUUCUAACACCAUCAGCGUUAAAAAGAGCAAGGAUUUAGAAGUUAUCCCUGAAAUUACUGAUGAUGUCAAUAUUACGGCGGAAGCAACAAACUCAUCAGCACCGCCAUUAUCAUUGCGGUCAUCGUCGUCGUUAAAGAGCAAUGAUAAUAAUAAGACUGAGUUGGCGCUGGCUACGGACAACAGCCCUAUCGUAACCUCAAAGGACAUAAAUACCGUAAAUGCGGAGCAGCAACAAUUGAAAGAAGAGGAUCCUGUACCUGUAGUUAAAUCUGCCGCCGAUGACUCAUUAAACGACGCAUUAACAAAGGAAGAUAAUGUUGUUAAUGAGAGACAUCAACGAAGACUCUCAGGUUCAUCCGACCAUUAUUUUUCAUCGAGGAAAGAUGAAGCUGCAAUUAAAGCCAUUAUUGCGGCGGCUGCAGCGGCUGAUAACCAUGGUGUUGAAAAAGAAGAUGUGGUCGAGGAGUUUCUUGAUCAAGAUGACGACGAUCAGAGUAACAAGUUAGUAAGUAAUCAUGACAACCAAGAGGAGAAGGUAAAGACAGAUUUAGAAGAAGAAGAAACAAAAGAAGAAGAUGUCGAUGACAAAAACAUUAUCAAGAACGGUACUGAUGGCGGUGAUCUAAACAACGGUAUGUUUAUUAAAAUCGCCGGAAGCAUGUUUGCAAGAGCAAGAAUUGUCAGAAGAACCGGAAGUUGCGACAACAAUAACACCAAUGGUUGAUCAACAAAAGGUAUUAUUAGACUUGUAAAAAUUCUAGAUGUACCGUCCUCACAAACAACACUAAUACCGCCUUUCACAUAUAUUUUUUCUGUUGUGUCUCAUGAAACACUAGUAUCACCAUUCCCCUUUUAAGAAUAUAUUCGGGUUUUCAUUCUUUUAGUGUUGUUAUUCGAGCGUUUCGGAUGGAACCACUGUUUCGAUAAGGGGUAGGAUCCUUUUACAUGCUUGAUUGACAUUAUUUUUACAUUUGUCCCUUUUACUUAUUAUAAUCUUAUGGUUCUAAUUUUUUCAUGAAA